AUGGCCGACGAGGCGAUGCCGCUGUAUGCGAUGGCCGUGGUGCACAUCCAGCAGCAGGUGGAUGAGUUGGAGUGUCUGGCCAGCAUGUUUCCAAGUGACGAUGAAAUGCACGUCGAUCCGUACGUGAAAGUGCUUUUCGAAUCUGCAGCGAUGUCUGCGACGGAGGCGUCGGCGACAAUUGACCUCCCCCUAAUCCACGUAACACUCUACCUCACGACAUGCCCUGUGGACAACCACAUCGCCGAACUCAAGCUGUCGUUCCCCAAGGACUACCCCACCGAACCGUUGGACGUCGAGCUCGUGUGUCCCACGUUACCCCGCGCAAUCCGGACUUCUAUCGCGGACGCGCUCGAGGAGAUCGCUACGUCAUGUGCAGGGGAUGUGUCGACCCUCCAAAUCUACCAAGAAGCCGUCGCACGCAUCGAACAAGCAUCCCAUUCGUUCGGCGAUGCUGCACUCGACCUCCCAACCAUAUGCCGCCCUCCCCCUCGUCCUGCCAUCAACACAUCCGAGAUCGGUCGGCGGGCCAUCUACUUUCACCACAUCAUCGCGCCAGGCAAGCGGCAAGUGGUCAAGGACUGGGCGAAGGAGCUCCAUCUGGGCGGGUUCAGCAAAAUUGGAUGGCCAGGCGUGAUCGUCGUGGAAGGCGUCGAAGCAUUCGUGUCCGAGUAUGUCAAGCGUCUGCAGCAUCUUCGGUGGAAGCAGAUGGUCGUGCGCGGCGAGCAAGUGGACAUGGAGCGCAAGCUACCCAGUGGGUUGGUGGAGCUCACAGACAUGUCGGACCUCGCCACGCGGUGCGCUGCCGCCGGACUCACGGCCCUGUUUCUUACGUCCAUGAAAAUAUACCGAUAACGAAGUCGGUAAAGCUAGACAAC